AGGAAAGGCGACAUGGCUGCGGUGAACGUAGCAGCUUUGCUGUUCAUCGUCAUGUACUACUUCGCAGUCGUGGUCGUCGGCGUCUGGGGAGGCCGCAAGGGGGCCCCGACUGAGGGCCACUCGAUCGGCUCGCACGGAUUACGCGUAUCCAAGCGGAAGAGCGACGACGACGACUUCCUGCUCAGGCUGUUCGUCGCCAACCGGGAGUUGCCGCGGCUGCUCGGCGUCGCGUCUAUGACCGCAACCUGGGUUGGAGGCGGCUAUCUGAAUGGCACUGCCGAGGCAGUCUACAAGUACGGCAUCGUCAACUGCCAAGCUCCGAUUGGCUACGCGAUGAGCCUGGUUCUUGGCGGCGCUUUCUUCGCGAACAAGAUGCGGCUGACAGAUUCGCUGACGAUGCUGGAUCCGUUCCAGACGCACUACGGCCGCUGGACGGGACUGAUGUUCUGUGUGCCGGCCGUGCUGGGCGAGAUAUUCUGGACGGCUGCCAUACUAGCGGCUCUGGGCAAGUGGCUGUGCGCGCUCUUCGCGGUGAUGUGGCGGCUGCGACAUAUACCGCUGUUGAGCUAUACAGGGAGCGACACGGCGAGCGUGAUCAUCAGGGUUGACUCUCGGUACUUCAUCAUCAUCUCUGCGUUGAUAGUCUUCUUCUACACGUCACUCGGUGGUCUCUUCUCGGUCACGUACACCGACGGCUUCCAGCUCGCCACAACCGCCAUACUGCUGGUGAGUCGUACGUUGCGGGUGACACCAACAUGA